AAACUGUCAGUAGCUCUCUCCUCCUCAAAGAAGAAAACAGAAGAAAAAAAAUGGCAACUGCUUUUCUCUCUACUGCAAAAACUUUAUUCCUUCCUUCUGUUAUAUCUUCAUCUUCCUUAACAUCAUCAACAGCAACAGCCACACAAAAUCUCAGGACUUCCCCUUCAUCUCUGAAAAUAACUCUCUGCAAGGCAACAUCUCAAACUCCAACUCUCACUAAAAGAAACUUAGCUUUCUCUCUCACUGCCACUUUCUCCCUUCUCUUAACUGGUAAUGGUCUCCUUGAUGCUAAUGCCGCAAUCUUAGAGGCAGAUGACGAUUUAGAACUCUUAGAAAAGGUGAAGCAAGAUAGAAAGAAGAGAUUAGAGCAACAAGAAAUAAUCAGUUCUGCCGGCAAUGAAAAAGAAUAUCUGCAAGAUCUUAUAUACAAGUUGAGUAAAGUAGGCCAAGCUAUUGAGAAUAAUGAUCUCUCUGCAGCAAGUUCAGUUCUUAGUCCAAGCAAUAAAACAGAUUGGCAGCAAAAAGUUAAUGAAGCAUUCGCUAAGUUGAGUUCCAGUGCAGAGGAAAAGACUGAAGUGGAUACAUUCAAUUCCUCCUUAUCUACCUUAAUAUCAUCAGUGACUCAAAAUGAUAUCAAUUCUGCCAAAACAGCAUUUCUUUCUUCUGCAGUAGCUCUGGAGAAGUGGACGGUUUUAACUGGACUAGUUGGACAGCUUAAAGGCAUUUGAUUCGAUGGAAUGCAAGAUUUCAACUUCAAAUUUAUUCAUUACUUCAUUGAGGAAUUUUGAAAGUUUUGUUAACUGUUCAAAUGUUCAUUCUUACAGCAUCCAUACAUACCUUCUAUGAAUAUUGAUUGAGCUCAAAUCAUGAUCACUUACCUGUAAUUACUCUGAUCUGUCCACUAUAAUAUUCCACUAUAAUGUCUGAGUUUUAUAUUA